GUGGGUGCGUGCAUUUGUGUUGUCCGGUGUUUGAAGACGCUUGGAAUUCGCUUUCAAUUUCUUCAUAGGAAAAAUGUCGGGUGAUACCGAUAAAGCAAAAAUCAGUGAUAAUCAGGAUGAAGACAAGAAAUCUGGUGCAGGCGAUGGCCAGACAACAGAAGAUGAAUCCUCACAGGAUUCCAAGGGUGAGUCGCUGAACCAAGAGCCGGAGGUCCAAGGUAACACCGAUGUAGAUCACGAGGACAAGCAGCAAGGUGAUUCGAAGUCAACGACGGCAAAUGGUAAAGAAGACGACGGUCCCGCUGACGACUCAAAAGAUGAAAAGGAUGAAAAAACCGAUGGAGACUUUAAAAAGGAAGAAAAUGGUGAAACUCAUGAGGAGAAUGAGAAAGAAGAUAUAAAGGAAAACGACAAAGCAGCCAAGAAGGUAGUUCCGAAGAAGAAACCUAAGAAAGAGGAUACUGAAGAAGAAGAAGAGGACGAAGAAGAAGAAGAAGAGGAGGAGGAUGAGGAGGGAGAGGAGGUUGACGAGGAGGAAGAGAAGAAACCUAAAGACAAAGUAAAGAAAUCAGUAAAGAAAGCUAAAGAAGGCGACGAAGAAGGUGAUGACGAGGAGGAGGGUGAAGAGGAGGGCGAGGAGGAGGAGGAAGAGGAAGAAGAAGAGGAGGAGGCACCUAAGCCCAAACCUAAAAGAGAGCCAACAGAACCGCCCGUUCCGUUGCCAGCAGGCAAGGGUAUACCUCUAGGACACAUCAGCAAUGUAGAAGUUUCACUGUCUCGGUUCAAAACUCAAGAUCAGAAAAUACUUCACCAGUAUCUAUAUGGGCAACUCUGUUUGGAUCGUAACGUGAAACGCAACAUAAAGAAGUUCAAAGGUUACGAGUGGGCCAUCGGCUCCACGGAAUACAAGGCUAAGCUCGAGGAGACAGCUAAGAUGGAGCUUAAGCAACUCAGGACAAUGUGUGAAAUGCUCGAUUUAGAUAAAAAAGGGGGUGCAAGCGAACUGGCGGCGCGCCUGGUGAGCUUCCUGCAGCAGCCCACCGCCAACUCGCCGCACGCGCGGGGCGUGGCGCGCGCGCCCGCCGCCGCGCAGCCCGCGUCGGCGCCCGGCGGCCGCCCGCGCCGCUCCGCCGCCGUCAAGAUACACAACAGAGGUUACUCGGACGAGGAGUACGAGACCGAUCCAGAGACGAAGGUCAAGGGGCCGAAGCCAGCGAAGGACGGAUCCGAAGAUUCCGAUCAGGGCUCCUUCAACCCGAGCGGCUCGGAGGCGGACUCUGACUUCGAUCCGGAGGCUGGCGAGGGGGCCAGCGGGCCGGGCCGCAAGCGUAAGAGCUCUGGACGACGUCGCUCUUCCGGCAAGCCCGGCAAAAGGGGAAGGAAGGCCAAGGGUAGAAAGGGAGCAAGCAGAGGUCGCGGACGAAAGGCCAAGUCGGAGAGUGACGAUGAAAGCGAAAAGUCGGAGAGUGAAAGCGAGGGAGAGUCCGGCAGUGACGCGGAAGAAUCCGAUCAGGAACCGAAGUCUAAGCGCGGCCGGCCGGCGGGCGCGGUGGGCAAGGGCCGCAAGGGCGCCGUGGCCAAGGCCAGCGCCAAGGCUACGCCCGCCAAGCGGAAAGCUCCCACGCCGCCAGGUAAAAAGAAGGGUGGUGCCAAGCCAGUAGGCCGACCGGCUAAGAAGGGAAAGAAGGCGUCGUCCGAAGAGUCUGGAGAGGGCAGCGAGGAAGAAGAGGAGGAGGAGGGCAGCGAGGAGGAGGAGAGUGGAGAGGAGUCUGAUACUCCCGCAGACAAGAAGGCCAAGCGGCCGCCUACUGACGAGGAGAUUAAGAAGUACGUGAAGCAAAUCCUUGAGGGAGCAAACCUCGAGCAAAUCACGAUGAAGACGGUGUGCAAGCAGGUGUACAGCCACUACCCGGACUUCGAUCUCGCGCACAAGAAGGACUUUAUUAAGGCAACAGUCAAAUCGUGUAUUUAAGAUGUUUAGGAGUUAAGGGCGGAGUGUAGAUGUCUACGUAGCAUACCUAUAGUUUAUAAACGGACAUAGUUAUAUAUUAUUACAAUAAUAAUAUAUUAUGAAAAAAAAAUUAAUUAUCUGAAAUGAAGUGGAAUGGAUAAACACCCGCUUUUCUUUUCAAGCUCAUAUCAUCGUGAGCGGUGACCUCGGCCGCAAAAAUUUAGCAAAGUAAGCUACACCACGUUAAGUUAGACUAAUUGUGACCCGCGUCCCGCUGAGUCCCGCUGAGUGCCGCUGAGUCCCGCUGAGUCCCGCGGAGUCCGCUGAGCUCACGGCGCGGUCCGUCUCACAUUUGUGUUGUAGGCAUCAUUAUAUCUAUUUUGAUAAAACUUGUAGUGAAUGUAAACAAUAUUAAAAUUAUUAUAACUAACCACACGUAGAUGCUUAUUGCAGUUACGAUUAAAGAAGAUUCCGUGUAAGAAUGUCGCUAAGACGAUUUAAAAUAUUUCAUUCUAUAAAGUUUGUUUACAUUUUCAAACAAGUUAUAUUAAAAUAAAAACAUAGACUAAGGAUAAUCCGCGAGAAGCCAACUCGUUUUUUUUUUUUUUUAAUUUAAUCCACUGUUGUUUUGUGAACUAUUUUUGUAUACUUUGUUAAUGAAGCUCGACUUUUAAAUAUAUGGUUUGUACUUUAUAUAUUGGUUGACGGAUGAGUACCGCGUCGGGACCACUGUUUCGUUUCUAGAGCUAUUUUAACUGUAAUUUUCAUAUUUUUAAGCAUCGAAUAUUGUACAAAUUCAGCAAAUUCGAUUCGGCUUCAGCAGACAUACGAGAAACGUUAUUGUUCGCCUAGUAUCGUAUCAUCUUAAUGUAAUUGUAUGUCUGUGUAUAUUAAAAAGAAAACGUUGUUAAUUGGUUUUAAUGGUGUGGAUUGUAAGAUUAUUUUUCUAAUGUAGGCUGUAAACUAUAUUAUUUGCAGUCAAAACACUAUCGCAAAACUUAUGUAAGGUUCGGUUAAGUGUACUUUUAAGAUGUGUAUAUACACAGGACUGCACCGUUUGGGAACCGCGCUUCGCUAACAUCGGAUUAGGGUUAUGAUAAAGUAAAAAUUAUUCUUAUACAAAACUUUUUGGUCUAGCCCCGGGUUUGAAGCGGAACGUUAACUUUUUUUUGGAUGUUCCGAGCACUUAUUUUUUUAUUAAAAUUCUCCGUAAAUUAUAUAAUGCAGCUAUAAUUGUAUAAUGAAAUAAUUUAAUUAACGAUUUGUGCAAUAAUGUUAAUCAACUUCUAUUAAAUAUAUAAAAAAUGUACACAGCGCAUCCGAGCUUAUCAAAGUAUAAUUUUGUACUCUUUGAUUUGUAAAAUUUCAUAUUAUUUUGUUUAAUUUAAGGUGCCUAAUAGCAUUUGAUAUAUUUUCCCUAUGUGUAACUUGUGGCCGAACUGUCGCUAAGUCCGUGGGUGAGCUAACACUCUAGGUUAAAAUGGUCUGAACGCAUUUAGACUUUGUCAAUGCAACGCCUUCCCGUAUCGAGACUGCGUACGUGUGUUCGUCGUGCGUCGUCUCUGCAGCAACGCGUUGCUCGUAUUAUCUCGUAUAUCACUGCUAUUAGUUUAUUCUAAUAGAAUAGUUAUUAUUGAUUGGUUAUAUUUUGUUCACUAUUUACAUAAAACUCUCGGUGCGUUCAAACCGAUUAAUUAUAAGAUAGUUUUAAUCAACAUUAAAUGUGUAUUUGUGAAUUUUAACCUUAUUUUUGGUUGUUUCUUUAUAUUGUGUAAAUGGCUGAGAUCAGUAGAGACGUAGUGACACGGAGUGAUAGAAUGACUGGUUCCCCCUUUUACAAUUGGAAUAUAGAUAAUAAAGCAAAUAAAAGUUUGAAAUGUC